AGGAAGUGGCGCGCAACGUUGAAAACGGACUCACAACAAACUGAGGAGACUAGUCGUUAAAGUCAAAGAAACGCCGAACAGUGGUGGCAGAGUUUUGUAUGCUUUGUUAAAUUCAUCUUAUCCACGCGAGGAGAUUAGUCCGCCCGAAACAUGUCGUUUGUGAGAGCGGGGCGUUCACAGCAGCAGACUAAAGCAAAAAGGCCUGUUCGUCCAAAAAAGGCAGUAAAAAAAGAGUGGGUGAGUGAAGUAAGUGACCUGUCUGUGCACAAACUGACUCCUGCAGAGCUGAGCCAUCGGCAUGAGAUUCACAAGUCCCACAACAAAGCUGCAGCUCAGUGGGAGCUGAGAGAAAAAGCCCUAAAGCGCCGCCUCAGACACUCUGUCAGCCCUGCACCUCUAGACCCGACUAGUCUCAGCAUCAUCAGGGAGGUGUUUUCUGACCAGAUGCUGCUACAGGAUGUACUGGCUCGCUCUGACAAAGCCAUGGCUGUUGUUAAAGAUUUAUUUGGAGAUGCUCCUCGCAGGCAGAUAGGGCACCCCAGUGUGACAGUGGCUCCAAACUGUGACUCUGAAUCAGCACUGCCUGUGCUCCAGAGGCCAGAUCCUCCAACACAGCUGUCACUGCUGAGCCAGUCUAUGAUGGAUCAACAGGCUCUUAAUGAAAUAGGGGCUCCAGAAGAAGACUGCAGUGAUGAAGAUAUGAGUCCUGCUGGUACUUCAGAUAAUUAUGUAAUCAGAAGGGCCUAUGUCCAAAAAAUGAAAGCUCUGUCUCUUGAUAAAGAUAAGGCAGACAGGUUUUCUGCUCCUGUGACCCCCUGUACAUCAGGAAAAGAACCAGAUAAAAGAGCUCUCAAUGCCACUGCUGCUGUAAAGCGAGUCCAGUCCAGACAAAACCAAUCAGAGGAAGGAAAGGACGAGUCAUCAGUCCUGGUUUCUCAGGUUCUGAACCCUGAGCUGCCUCUCAAUCAGUCUGGUGUAAAUGGUCAUUUGAACAGAAGGACAAGGAAGUGUGUAUCUCGAAGUUUGGAGCUGGAUGGCUCCUCUUUUGCUUCUCUCAGUGGGGAUCAGUCCAGUCUGGGUCUGUUGCAAGCCAUGUUGGGCGAGGUGGAGGCUGAUUUGGAUACUCUCAGUCCCAGUCUUGAAGCAGCUUCAGCACAGUGUUGCAAACAAAGCAGAGCACAGGGUCUCACAGGAUUCUCUGUUGCCUUGGUGUCCAGUCUGGGACGUUUGGUACAGCUCUUCAAACAGAGGGAAGAAGAGGGUCAGAAGGAGGCCUGUGAGAGAAGAAGACUGGAGGAGGAGGUGAGAGAGCAGCGUGGGUUGAUUGAUGCUCUCACUGCUGAGACGAUGACUCUGAGAGAGGAGGUGGCAGCCCUACAGGCGGGGUUGCUGCAGCGGACAGCAGAGUUGGAGCAAAAGGUGGACACAGUGGUACUGGUGAUGGGAGAGCUUGGGCUGCUGGAGGCACACACUGACCCAUCCCGGGAUUCCAGUGUCAAAGCUGCAGGUUCACACUCUCUCGAGUCGGCUCUAGUAGUUGAACAACAUCUUAAACAAUUACAGCCCUCUGUUUCUCCUGCUUUGUUGCCCUCCCCACCUCGACAGAGAGAGAAUUUGCAACAAAUUCCAGUACAGCUGCACCAGGAACUAUCUGCAGUAGGAAACCCACAAUCCUGCCAGGAUGUCCAGGCCCACAGCUCAGCCUCCAGCCUCGCAAGCCUUCCUCUCACUGGCCUUCCCUCCACCUCUCCAUCAUCAGUGACCUCUGCUGCUCUCCACUCGUGUCUCUCGCCAGAGGAACUCCUCACUGAGAUUGCUCUUCUGAAUACACAGAACAACCUGAUCAAGGCUCAGCUUAGCCACGCUCAGAGCCUUGGUUCAUCGGUCAGAGGGUCACCUGACAGCAUCUGCAGUAAUGGUCAGAGGCGUUUGAGCUGUGGUAGCACAGGGAGAGUCACACCUACAAGUGCUGGAGACAGGAGGAUGCCCGUCUCCAGCAGCAAAGGGAAAAGGAGUCUGCAUGAAGGAGAGCAGCAAAUCACUCAGGUAUCACCAAACCCCCUGAGUGUCGAUUGUGUGGAACAGCGCCUCAUGGAGCUGAACAGACAAAGUGCAGCAGCGAGGGGUCGUCUGCUUGAGCUCAUUGAGCAACAGAAACAAAGUGUUUCGAACAAAGUUUCACCCUCUGGUUCCCCCAUCCCUCCUUCUGCCGUCGGUCCACAUGCAACUGCUGAAGGAGGAAGUCCAGUGGCAUCCAAGCUGUUGUCUGCACAGGGGCUCCUGCCAGAAAGUUACAUUGUUGGGAGACAAUCUGCUGGCUCUGAGGUGUCAUUGUUCAAUCUUGAAGUAGAACAAAGAGAGAGCAAAGCAAAAAUGGUGCAAAGGAGAGAGCGAGAUGGCUGGUUUGCCUUGUCCACUCAUGUAAGAUGACAAAGACUAGUUUUACACGAUAACAUUUAAAACCUUUGUUUUUAAUAUAUUAUAUAUGAAUUUUUGAAUGAAUUAAACAAUGAUUUUUUUUUUAAA